CGCUCCCCUCAUUAACAUAUAUGCUAUGGAAGCGUUGGCUGUAUUGACAUUAAUUGGCGUUGUUGCCGCUCUCCUAUAGCAAUGUUAGAGUCAUGGCUAUAAACAUACCUUUGGAUACACCUGGCAAUCGUAACAAACUGUAGGUAUUAUUUGUUAUAAAUAAUUUAACAUAUCCUGUAAAAAAAAAAAAAAAACUAUGGAGAGACCUGAAGAUUGUAUUGGGAUCUUACCAGUCUUCCGUUUUCUUUAAUACACUGUAAACAUAGAAACUGAUGUGAAAACAAACACAAUAAUAAGGGUUGGAGAUUGCAUAACUUGACGGCGAUCACCUAAAAGGUUAAUGCCUCCGGAUAUUGUAAAAGAUGCCUAUAGUGAACUGUUCAAUUAUCUUUGUGAUAAAAGUAGGGAUUUUGAAAAUUCUUUCGAUAGAUUCAUUGGUGUUCAGCUUGUGUCUCGCCGUUUCAAAUUUCUCCCAACCUCAGUUACCACAACACCAAAACAUUCCGUUUAUUAUUUCUCUGUGCUCUCUCAUAACAAUUGCUCUCCUCCUGUCUCUGUCGGUUCCAUUUGUUUUUUGUCCAGCCCUCUCCUUUCUCUUCGUUUCCAUCUCCACUUGUUCUUUGAAAGGCCUCAUUACAACGAAAAAUCAUUUCUUCUCAUAUCCUUGUCAUCUGAAUGGUUUUCAACCAUGGGAAAGUGUAUCGAACCUGAAACUAGAAGAAAAUCGCCCAAAACAACUCAUGAUGGUGCCAGAAUGAAACCGGUCAUGAGUGAAGAAUUGGAUUUUACCGCCCAUACACUGUCUUCUGAUCGACUGGGCAAAAUUAUUGAGGAGAUAGAUGACAAGUGUAAUGAAAUGAGAGAUGAACAAGCAAUCCCUGUCGUUAAACUAUUCCCCACCAACCUCUAUGGUGAUAUCAACCCGAUAAAAUCUCACAUCGAGAACACGACUAUAACCACCACCAUCACCACAACCACAACAACAACAAGCAGCUCCAACAGCUGCAAUACCUCCCCUUUUGUUACUUCUGCAUCUCCCCCCUAUUUUACCUCCCUUAAGGAGAGUAAUACUUCUACACUUCAUUCUAACCAAGAAGAAAUAGUAGCAUCAAAUAACGACAAAUCUUGUGCAGAUGUGAUCCACACACGAACUCUUAUCAUUGGCUGUGAUGCUUCAAAUAGUAGUAAUCAGUGUGGUGAUACUAUUAGUGCAGCAACUGGCCGCUCAGUUAUUGGUAGCAGUAACUCUAACAGUCACCCUGCUGUUUCUUGCAGCGCUAACAGACAACAAUCCCGAGACCCUGUCUCAACAACAAUUGAUAACAACAAGCAAUCCUCUGGCGGCAUUAGUACAAUUAAUGUCGAAGAAUCUUCGGAAGAUACACAACAAAAUCGCGAAAAUGGUCGCAAGAAAGCAGAAGGUGCUGCAGUCUCGUAUACACUACCGCUCGAACGGCUUUCAGUCGUUGAUUUAAACUCUGAUGAGGAUGAGAAAUGUUCUGUUCAACAAUCUAAUGAAGAUUCGAUUAGAUUCGGAAAUUCCAUUCCUAAUAAUUGUCAUCGGGAAUCUAAACAGUCCACACAGUGUUCCGUUGAGAAUAUCAACGAUUCUUCCUUGACGUCGGCUUCUGGUGCUAGCGGUCAUUCGAAAGGCAAAAAUCAAGAUACCAAAUCACAUUUAUCGAAUAACAGGAGUCUUGAAUUGCCUUUGACGAAUGGAUUAACUCGAAUUGUGGAGAGUAACUUGGCUUCUGGUUGUGAUCUUGGCCAUAACUUUCUUUGCCAGAAUACUACCAGUGGUACCACAACCCCAUCCAUGUCUCCGAUUGACGAUGUCACUGUUAUGGUAGGUAAAAACGGAAAGUUAUCUACUGUACUUGAAAACAUUCCUCUUUUGUACAUCCCCACCACCAAACAGUUGGUGUCUCAGGACUGGAAUUCAGUGACCCCUGGUAGUAUUGAACAUGGCAAACAGAAAGAAAUAGAAUAUGUUCCUAUGACUUGUAAAUUUCAAAACGAAGACAAAUCUUCAAAUUGUGAAAAAGACUAUGUAGAAGUUGAUCAGAGUCCUCGGAGCACAAGCUGUUCGUUGAACUGUGUGGAUACAUCUAGUCUAUCUAGUCUAAGUACCUGUACAGAUGUUGCUUGCGGUGUUUCGGUGGCAUCAGGGGUCAGUGAUGAAUUCUGUGACAAUUCCGCAUCAACGGGAACCCCAGUCAAUACUGAAGCAACUACUAGUUGUGCUAUUUCUAAUGUUUCCUCUACUGGGACCAACUCGCAGAACUCUACAUUCGAUACUACCAACCCGUUGGAAUCGUGUCUUGUAGAGGUCAACUUACACUCUAGGAAUUCUUACGAACCAACACGAAACCAAUGGCCACCGUCAACACCUCAGGACCAAAAUUUAUUCAUUCGAGAUUGUACAAAACGGAAAAGUAUCGGACUGACAGGAUUUCUUGGCAGGAAUUUAUUCCGUCGCAGCAAGGACACUACAAAUAUUGUUCCAGCCGAAAGUGAACCUGGCUGGAAAUUGUUUGGACGGAUUCCUCCAAAAGAGUCAACACCUAAAAAUCCGUGGCAAAUUUCGGACGAGUACCAUGCUAAACAGAAAGCCAGCCAAAUGGUGGCGGCACGAGCCAGAAAGGACAUUGAAGUAAUGUCCACUACAGCAUUAAUCUUGGAAAACCGCCCUGGUCACCUCCCCUCAAAAGCUCCUGAAGAAGAAAGGAAACACAAACAAGAAUAUGAACAAAUGGUGGAAGCUGCAAAAAAGAAAGAGCAAAAAGAUAUUCGGCAGAAAAAGAAGCAUCUGCAGCUACAGUUGAAGCAUGAAGAACAAUUGGUUGCAGCUGCAAAGACUUGGAACAGUGAAGUUCUUCCAAACUGGGAAAUUACGAAACAGACAAAAAGAGCCCGUGAAUUAUGGUGGAGUGGCUUACCACCAUGCGUUCGAGGCAGAGUAUGGAAAUUAGCAAUUGGUAACGAACUAAAUAUCACUGAGGAACUCUUCGAAAUUUGUCUAAAUCGUGCCAAAGACCGAAUCAAAAUGUUGAGUGAGGAAUCAAAUGGCUCAUCAGAAAAUACCUCUGACCUUCCGUCCAGCAAGGAAGCUAGUGUGGAUCUGAUAAAAUUGGACGUUUCUCGCACCUUUCCACAAUUCUGUAUCUUCCAGAAAGGUGGACCAUAUCAUGAUCUUUUACACAGUCUUUUAGGAGCCUAUGCUUGCUAUCGACCCGAUGUUGGUUAUGUUCAAGGAAUGUCUUUCUUGGCAGCUGUGUUGCUGUUGAACAUGGAGGUGGCUGAUGCGUUUAUCUGUUUUGCAAAUCUUUUGAAUGGUCCCUGCCAGGUUGCUUUCUUCCGUGUUGAUGAAGGAAUGAUGAAGUCUUAUUUUGAUACUUAUGAUGAGUUCCUAUUGGAAAAUAUGCCCCAACUCCACCAUCAUUUUGGAAGACAGAACUUGACACCCGACAUUUACAUUAUAGAUUGGAUAUUUACAAUAUUUAGCAGAUCCUUACCCCUUGAUGUUGCAUGCAGAGUUUGGGAUGUUUUUUGCCGAGAUGGAGAAGAAUUUUUAUUCAGAACUGCCUUGGGGAUCUUACACCUCUACCAAAAUCUUCUUCUUGAAAUGGAUUUCAUCCAUCUUGCCCAGUUCCUUACCAAAUUGCCAGAGGAUAUAUCUUCAGACCAAUUGUUUCGCAGUGUCCAAGCAAUUCGGUUGUCUAUUGAUAAAAAGAAAUUUGCUCAAGUACUUGCUGGACAUCGAGAAGCAAGAGAGCGAUCAGACUACUUUUGAAUUUUUACUCAUUGUGAUCAAAUUUUGUUAACUCUGUUGGACACUGGAUUACCAUUUUUGUAUGCUCUGCUGGAUAAUGGAUAAUCUAUUUAUCAUGCUGUACUGGACAAUGGAUUGUUCAUUUCUCAUUACUGGACACCAGAAUCUCUCCUUCUGCACACACAGACUUGGAUUAGAAAUGUAACAUAUGUAAUUCACUUCUAGUGAUGCUAACCAAGCAAAGAUUAUUACUUUAUGACCAUUCAUCAUUGUAGGGCUCUAUGGAAUUCAUUGACACUUCUGCUUCUUAAAAUAGAUGAAACAUUUCCCUUCACUGCAACAGAAGCAGCAAAUUGUAAUAAUUACUUGAACUACUCUUUCAACAGAUGAUGUUUACAAUAUCUUCCCUAUUCCCAACAUAAAUACAGUUCUUUGAAUAGGGGGCAGGAAUAUGUUUACAAUAUUCCUCUUAUUUUGUAUAUGUUCCAUUUUAUUAGGAAUUUAUUUGUUUCUGCAUCAUUUUUUUUCCCUAAAAUUAAUUUCUGCAGAUUUUUCUUCACUUCAGUUUGCCUUUAUAACAUUUGAAACAUUUGAUACUUAGAUAUCUAGAUUAUCUUUAAUAUUCAUUACUCACUGAGUUUUCCUCUCUCUAUUAUAUUUAUUUUGUUUGUUUUUGGAAUUUUUUUUUUAAUUUUCUGUGUUAAGUGCAUUUUUUUUUUUUAAGUUGAUACCCACCGUUAUAUCUUGUACCUGGUGUUUCUAUACCAGUUUGGACAUUGCUAAGUUGACAGCCAUUAAAAUUUUAUCUUCUAUCAGAAUAAACCCAUUAGAAGAAAUUGUUGGAGGCCUUGCUGUAUUACAAGAAAUUUAAUGCAACUAUGAUCCUUGCUAUGAAAAAAAGAACUCUUUUAGAAAUAUGGGACAUUUUGUGUGAAUCAUUUCUUCUGGUGGACGUGAUCAAGACUGAAAAUACAAUGCCAUAUUUACAGGGUUUUAUAUACAUGUAUAUAUAUAUAUAUAUAUAUAUAUAUUAGUUGCUGGUAUUUAUAAUUACUAAUACUUAACUCCUUGUCAUUGUUGCUUAUAUUUUAGUUAACAACAACAAAUGAUAAAUGCCAAUUCCUUAGAGGGUUGAAUCUGGUUGUGUACUUCACUCAGGAAAACUGCUGUUGGUUGCCAUUAUGUAUAUUUUCCCCAACCACCCAUCUCAUUCCUAAAAUAUUAACUUGAUUAACUCAAUCAGUAUUUUUUGGCCUACCUGUUGUUGUAAUCACUAGACAAUUAAUUCUUCAGUAAUGGCAAUUUAUAUCAUUUCAUCUAAUUCUAAGAGAGCAAUAAUCUGGCUAGUUUUGCUUUUUAUGUUUACAAAUAAGAAUUUAAAAUCAAUGUUUAAUAUUGGUUCUUAAACCAAUGUUUAAUAUGGUUCUCUUUCCAACUUGUAUAAAACCCUGAUGCUGUUACAAAAUAAUUUCAAGUUAUCAAGUUAUUCUGGAAUAAUCAUUUUAUUUAGCUUUUGUUAGUCAAUCAAACCAUUAUAAAAUAACAAGAUAAACUAACCUAGUUUGUUUUCAUUUUUGUUUUUUUAUUAGUUUUAAUAUUUACAGUUUAUCCACUUUUAUUUUUGUUCUUCAAAAGAAAAUGAGAAAAUGAACUGAUGCUUCAUCCUCUCCCCCCUCUCUCUCUCUCCUUUUCCCUGUCUUAUAUACACACAUGAAAAGGGUUGUGGAUUAUAGUUGUUAUUGUUUGUCUUUGUUAGUUGUCUGUUUGCUUUUAUAUUCCACUUGGUUUUUCUGAUAGCAGACUACUUUGAAGAUAAAACUUCAAUGGCUGCAGUAAUUAACAUUGUAAUAUUUUCUUUUCAUAAUUUGGAAAAUGAUUAUGGCAUUUCCUUUUCCAGUUUGAGAUUACUUGUAUAACAUAUUUGACUGUCACAAAGCAGUUAACAAUAAUGAAAGGGCCUUUAGGCAGCUUGUUUUAUUUUAUUUUUAUUUAUUAUUAUUAUUAUUACUAUUAUUAUUAUUACCAUUAUUAUUAUUACCAUUAUUAUUAUUAUUAUAAUUAUACUAAUAAAGGACUGAAAUUCUAUCUCUGAAACAUCUAUAAAAACUUGAUAUUUGUGCUAUUUUGUUAAUUCUAAUAUUUCUGCCAGCAGAUUAGCAGGAUAUAUGCACUACAAAUAUGCCAUAUUUUUCUAGUUGGAUGACAUACCAAAACCUUCAAUAAUGUUGGUAUAUUUGGGCGGGAGGGUUUAACCUUGCCCUAACCAACAGCAACCUGUUGGAUUAGAAGAGAAAAACCAUAAAAAUGAUAAAAACUUUUCCAUGUUUUACAAGUUAAAUGACUGUUGAUAAAACAUGACAUCUCAAACAGGUCAAGGAAUUUAUAUGACUUUUGCUACAGAUUGGCAGGAAAUAUUCCUAAUAACAUUAAAACUAUGAACAAAAUAUAUAGCAAUAGUCAUUAUUUCAAAUGAAACCAUUGAAAAUUCCCCUUCUAUUUUUAUUUUAUUUUACUUGAGGAAAUGUAUGAAAAAAAUUAAUAAUAAUAAUAAUGCCUUGGUGAUGCUGCUAAUACCGUUUGGUUAGCUUUGUUAAGAGUGACAACUGCUGGAGGCUGAAACAUUGGAGCAGUGUGCUUCCCUCUUGCUGCAUCAUCACUUCUUCAGAAUACUCACUGACAGCUGUGUGUGACUUUUUUAAUGUGUGUUGUGUGUUUGCAUUAAAGUUUUUACACACUAUUUCAUUGUUAUCCAAAUUUGUAUUCUUUUUAUUUGAAAAAAAAAAAAAAAAAUUAUGUUUUCCUUUUCCUCCCAUAGCAUUAUUAUAAAUUGUAUAAAUAAAGGUUUUGAUUUAUAAGUUGCCAGGGAUGUGCAGCUGAAGAUUCCCCUCACCAUUUGAUGUGAUAAAACAGUUAUCUGUGAGUUAUUUUUGCAGCAAAUGCUUUGGUAGCAGCACUUCUGUAGAGCCUAGCCUUUCAGCUACGAAACCAACAAUCCAUUUUAUCUCCUUGUGUCGCAACUGCCAAUGUCCAGUGGUGCCAGAUUACAUCAGUUCUGCAGCUGAGCAUGUCCAAAUAUCUUUCCAUUAUCAACCAGAAUCUCUCUCUCUCUCUCUCUCUGUACAAGAUAAAUUAACAAGAAUUAAAGUUUUACAAUAUUCUUA